AUUUAGCUGCAGGAAGCAUUAAGAAGGGAAAAGACUGCAAACAGGACGCGGUAUACUCACUCUUUGAGCCUUUUCCUGAGGACGUGUUGCCUUAUGACUGCUCACAGGGGCACUUUUUCCACCGGGUCACACUUUUUCUAGUGCGCUCCUUCAACUCCUGAGACUUGUCUUCUUCAUAAAAUCCGGAGCUUUUUGAACCCCGUGCUGUUUUUCCCCUCUCUCCAACUCUGUGCGUAAUUUUCUAUCCAGGAUCGAGGAGGAGAAAAAAAAGGCGACAUCACAACAACACGAGGACGAGGAUCAAGACAGAGAACGUGUGAGGGGGGAAAAUGAAAGCCGUGUUGGAUUUCUGCUUGGUUUUCCUCACGCUGCACACUCCCGGCGUGCUGUCCUUGUCCACACAUGUAGCAGUAAUCUACCCCCAGGACCCCGUCCUCCGCAUGGGGUCCAACCUGACGGCCAGCUGCUGGGUCCACCCCGACCUCGGCGUCCACGCCAGCUCUCUGUUCUGGACGCUCAACGGUCAGCAGCUGCCCAGCUCCCUGUACAGAGUGCUGAGCCCAACCAACCUCAGCGUGACGCUGGCCGGUCUCAACGCCUCCAGGCAGACGUCCGGUGACAACCUGGUCUGUCACAAUCACAAGGGACACAUCUUGGCUGGCUCAUGUCUCUACGUCGGGAUGCCUCCGGAGAAGCCGGUCAAUCUGACCUGCUGGUCCAGGAACACCAAAGACCUGACAUGCAGCUGGGCUCCAGGAGGAAAAGGAGAGACCAACAUUAGCACACAGUACACGCUCAAGUACAAACUCAGGUGGUAUGGUAAGGAGAAGGAGUGCGAGGACUACACUCACACGCAGCCUUACUCCUGCAGCAUCACCCGGGACCUGCACCUCUUCACGCCCUACGAGAUCUGGGUGGAGGCCUCCAACCAGUUGGGCCAGGCUACCUCUGAUGUCAUCACCCUCGACAUCCUAGACGUGGUGACCACGGACCCUCCAUCAGGUGUGACGGUGAGUCGUGUCGGACAGUUAGAGGACCAGCUGAGUGUUCGCUGGGAGGCCCCACCCGCUCUGAAAGACUUCCUGUUCCAGGCCAAAUACCAGAUCCGCUACAGACUGGAGGACAGCCAAGACUGGAAGGUGAUGGAUGACGUCGGGAAUCAGACAUCUUGUAGACUGGCUGGACUGAGACCUGGAACAGUGUAUUUUGUCCAGGUUCGCUGUAACCCCGUGGGCAUCUACGGCUCUCGCAAAGCUGGGAUCUGGAGCGAGUGGAGCCAUCCUACUGCUGCAUCCACACCCCACAGUGAGCGGUUGAUGUCGGGCUCCUGCGACUCAAAGUCCAGUGGGGACUCCAACUCCACCCUGCGCAGGGAGCUGAAGCAGUUCUUCGGCUGGGUGCGGAAACACGCCUACGGCUGCAGCAGCAUGUCCAUGAAGCUGUACGACCAGUGGCGAGUGCUGAUGCAGAAAUCCCACAAAGCUCGCAACCAGGUAGGUUCUCCAAGGGGAUAAAUCCUAGCACACGCUACGUUUACGAGCAGAAAACAAGUCAAGAAAAGAACUGAGUGUGUUUCUGUCUGUGUGUGUGUGUGUGUGUGUGUGUGUGUGUGUGAGAGAGAGAUUGUAUUCGUAUAUGGGAAUUAUAAGACAUUUUGCUCUGGACAUUACGCUCAAACACCAGCCGUGGCCGUGAGAAGACAUCCAACAACAAACUCUGGGAUUUUCUUCUUUUAUGCAUCUUUUCCAGUCGACAUGAGCACUUUUUUUGUCUGAAAAGGUGCAACUGAGAAAGUGGAUUUGCCACGGACAUACUGGCAUCAUCAUUAGCGAGACACCAUGUGGACUACUCUGCUUUCUCAAAGGACGUUGUAGUAUGAAUAAGUCGGGCAUCUGUAAAGACGUUUGGUGUGCACCUGCUCUAAAUGUGCUGAUCAAAACAGAUUCAAACAAACUAGACCUGUUGCUCAAGCAUCUAAAAGUAUUUCCUGACCUGUUUUUGAGUUUCUCCUGUGGAUCCGAAGCACCAUCUAGUGGCUGUUCAGCGUCCAUGGAUACUGCAAAUCAAAGAAAAAAGUAACAAGUUAUCAAACAGUAUUUCUAAACCAUGCUUUGUUAUAUAAGUGCCAAACUGGUUCACCCAGCAUUCAUGUGUUUGAUGUGAGCGACAGUAUGUGACUGAUGGUGUUUGUGUGUGGAGACGUUUCACUGCCUUUAUUUUUGUAUUGAAUCGUACCAGCAUAUUUAAAACUGUAUAAAGUUAAUGUUUUAUGUCUUAAGUUAUGUUUAGUUAGUAAAGAAAAUAUCAAUGACUGAAGUUGUUAUCGAUCUCUGAUGUUCUAUAAAAAUGUUGUCA